AUGGAGUUGUUAUCAAAAACCUGUUUGCCUGUAGUAUUUAUACUUCUCUUCAUCUCUUCUAUUACUAUAGCUAGUGGUGGUCAGACUCCACCGUCUAGCCCGAGUCCUCGUAAAUCUCCAGCCGAACCUCCUAUGCGUAUCAGCAUUAAAAGUUUCCCUAUGAAAGGUAAGGUUCCACCGUCUGGUCCGAGUCCACGUAAAUCUCCGGGUAGACCACCUAUGCGUAUCAACAUUAAAAAUUUCCAUAUAGAUGAUCAGACUCCGCCUUAUUCUGGCCCGAGUCCUCGUAAAUUUCCGGGUGAACCUCCAAUGCGUUUCAGAAUUAACAGAUCCGGUCCAAGUGAUCCUAGAAGACCCCCUCCACCUCCACCUUCUUGCAGCACCACCUCCAUAUCCGGCAGGCACCACCUCCUACCCCCUCCACCUCCGGUAGGCACCACCUCCAACUCCACUUAUCCGCCGCCACCAGUUGUUUGUCUGAGAUGA